CACUAUUUACUUUGCGUUUGUUGCUUCUGUAGUGAAAUGUGUCCAGAAUUGAAGAUGACAGUGAGCGCCGAUGACGUCGUGCCUCCCGGCUUCAGGUUUGAUCCCACUGAUGAGGAGCUGGUCUUGUACUAUCUGAAGAGAAAGAUCUGUAAUCAAAAGAUCAAGCCCGACAUCAUCGCUGAGACUAAUGUUUAUAAGUGGGAUCCUGAAGAACUUCCGGGGCAAUCGUUGUUGAAGGCGGGGAAUAAUCAGUGGUUCUUCUUCAGUCCUAGGGAUAGGAAGUACCCUAAUGGAGCAAGCUCAAAUAGGGCAACUCGACUUGGAUAUUGGAAAGCCACCGGAAAAGAUCGCAUCAUCACAUAUAGCUCUCUUAAUAUUGGAGUGAAAAAAAUCCUAGUUUUCUCUAGAGUUCGUGCACCAAAUGACGAGCGUACAGACUGGAUGAUGCAUGAGUAUACCUUGCAUGAAGAGGAACUCAAGAGAUGCCAAAAUGUUCAGGAUUGUUAUGCACUUUGUAAGGUCUUUAAAAAGAGUGGGCCUGGUCCUAAAAAUGGCGAGCAAUAUGGGGCACCAUCUAGAGAGGAAGACUGGGUUGAUGAUGAAGUGGAUGUUACCAAAACUGUUGACACAGAUAGUCCUGCAAUGCAGCUGAAUGGGGGAAUUGAUCCUGCUGAUGGUGGAAGAGCUAAUGAUCAAGUACCAUAUGCAUUAUAUAAUCUUGAAGAGAUUAUGAGACAAUCCGCGGAUGAUGCUGAAUCACAAAUUAACUGUGGUUAUGAAUUACCCAAGUUUGAUGUCCAACAGGUUUUUGGUCAAGAAGAGGCCCAAAGCAGCACAUUGCUAAAGAGGGCAUCUAGGGAAGUUAUUUUUCCUAAGCAGGAUAGAGUGUGUGAUGAGCCGGCUGGUGUUGAUUUCACCCAAUUAUCUCCAUCUAAUUUGCAACUGUUUGAGGCACCUGAGGUUACAUCUGCUCCUCCCCAGGAUUAUGAGCAGGUUCUACAGCUAUGCCAGGAGGGUUUCCUGGAAAUGAAUGAUCUGAUCAGUCCUGAAUCUACUUUUUCUGCUGGGGAGAAUCCGGUGGAGAACUUGCAGUUUGAUGAGCUUGAUGGAAUGAGUUUGUUUGAUCUGAACGAUGAUGCAGCCAUGUUUACUAAUGGCAUGGGGCCUAUUUAUCAGGAUAUGAAUGUACCGGGGAAUGAUGUGCUGAACCAGGUGGAUCAUCAGUUCCAACCUCAUUCUUUGGAAAAUCAAGUGGAUCAGCAGUUGCAACAAAAUAUUGUGGUAAACCAGGUCCAGUUGCAGCCUGCUUCAUCUGGCACAGAUCUCAUAAGCACUCAACCGUGGAUGCAGCAACAACAAAGUAGCCUUUUUACUCCUGCAGAAUCAAAUCAUGGAAUUCUGUGCCAAACAACUUCAGGUACAGUAGAAGAAGUUACACAACCUCUAGCUGAAGCAAGUGAAAAUCAAAAUGGCCAAGAGGGUGGUGGAGAUACAAGUUGGCUUUCUUCGUUCAUUUGGGCUUAUGUGGAGUCAAUACCUACCAGCUCUGCUUCAGCGUCAGAGAUUCCAUUGAUGAACCCAGCGUUUGAGCAAGUUUCUGGCUUUAGCCGCAUAAGAGCAAAUGCUAGAAACACCAAUGUUGCAGGAUGCAAUCGCCCUGUAACAAGAAGGCAAGGAGGUGGUAUUGGAUUCUUAAUUUUAUCCAUUCUUGGAAUAUUGUGUGCUAUCUUAUGGAUGCUAAUGGGAACUGUGAGAGUCCUGGGAAGAUGCAAAUUCUCCUCUUAAUAUUAUGUGAACUGGGUAGAAAGAAACAAGGUUCUUUUUGCUGCUAAUGUUGUUAGGGCAGACUGCUGGAGUUAUUUGAAAAAUCUAGCUUCUCCAGCACAUUGAAAAACUGAAGAAUUUUCAUAGAUCAUUUGAAUUCUUGAAUAUUAAGGAUUAAGUUUUGCUUUUUGCGUA